AGGAGGCGAUUUGCUAUUGGGUAAUCACAUCAUGAGCUAAGAACCAAUCACACACUGUAUCCAAGAGGAAUGGACCCACUGAGAUUAAGUCAUGGGUUUUGAAUGCAUGAUUGCUGAGGUAGGUGCUGCUCAACAACUGGUGCAUGAUUGUAUAUUUACAUGCUGUAUUGUAGAUUACAAAUUACUGUUAAAGUGGUAAGUAUUUAAAAAGCCCAACAGCAUUUGAUAAUCUAACAAAAGCACUGCAGUGUAAUGUUAGAGCCCUCUACAGAUCAAAAGCACUCACUGAGCCCAGAUGAAGGACAGGAAAUGGGUGAGGAAGCCCUUCAGCAUGGAUGUUUGUCUCCAUGGAUACACCACAACAAGUCAGCAUGAGAAGGCAGAGAUUUGGCAGAACUUAAAGAAGUGUUUUUUAUGUUUUUUAUGUUUGGAUUUCCCAGCUCCUAAACGUGUUGAUCCUGAGCCAUGUGUGACGUGUACAGAGUUUCCUCCUCUGUCAAAGUGGAGCAGAUGGAGGCAGAUCUGUCGCGUCAACUCUCAGCACUCAGGGCGGAAAUUGAGGAGAAUGGAUUUCCUCGAGGAGCAGUGACCUCCAGAUGUUACAGCUCUGUUACACCUCCAAAAGAGAUUUCCUUCUUCCAUGUGGAGAGGGAACAUGCACUGAGGAGAGGGCUUCAGGUGGCUGAAGCUUUGCCGGUUCAGUCUCCGGCUGACAUCAUGCAGAGAGAGCUGGAUAGUUGCUUGAGUUUAGAGUACACUCCUGACAGUCUGCCUCCACUACUGCACCAGUUCUACACCGACAGAUCAUAUCACCUGGCUCAGAUCAAAUAUCUGCUCAUGCUGAGAUGGAGGAGAUUCUGCCGCCACACCAGCGUCAUUGAGAAGCUUUAUCCUCAUUACAAGGAUCAGGUGUCAUGUUUGACGAGUGAGUACGAGGACGCCGUUCAGAGGGCUCGCAGACUGUCGGCGAGCAGAGAGAAGGUCCUGACCGGCCAAGGAAGCCCCGCCAACAUGCUCACUCAGGACGAUGUGGUCAUUUAUCUGCGGUGGCUGGUCUGCCAUCUGCACUCUGUUCAGACCAUUCACAACUUCCUCAGGGUGCUGCACUACAUACCAGCUUGUGAAAGAAAAGAUAAAGAACCACAACCAAAGGUUCAUGAGGAAACUUCUCAUGUUGACGGUAUAUCAGGACUGGCUGGUAACGUUCCCCUGCACACUGUUAACCUGGAGGAGUUUCUACCUGAGCUGCAGUCUUUGAUCGCUCAUUUCCACCUGUCCUAUGACACUCGUAAACUCAGGACCACUGCAGACGAGAUGGAGUUAUUCAGCAUGGUGUGGAGGGAGUUCAGAACGAUUUUCAGACAACAAGAGGAAAUGAAAACGUUUCCUCAGUACGACGGUUCAGAGGUCAAAGAGAGCCAGUGGGGGAGGAAGAGUGCGAGGCUGGCUCUUGGGAAAGAGGCCAACUGGAUCCCCUUCAUUCAGGUGAAACCCAAACCAGAUCCGUGGCAGCAGAAGCUCGUCACAAAGCUGAAGGAAAAGAAAUCUAUUGAUGAGCUGCUGAAGAUGCACAGCAGAUUUCUUCAGGUCCCUGAUCUGCUCCAUGUGGCUGCGGCUAUUAAAGAACACGCCGCUCAUGUUGCUGACUUACAAUCAGCUCCGACCUCAUCGGUCUCACAAAGCACUAAGACAAAACGACAAAAGAUCUCCGAGAUCUGGACGAGUAUUUACAGCGCUGCCUCUCUCACCCAGGCAUGUAUCAUCCACUUUUCUGCUUAA